AUGACCAAGUCCUGGAAGGCAACGCUGAGACUGCCUCGCUCGAGCUUCCCAGCCCGGCCGAACCCGAAGCUCCAACAACAGUAUCUGCGGCAAUGCACCGACGACCUAUACCAAUGGCAGGCGGCCCAUCGGCCCCAAGACGACCAGUUUGUGCUCCACGAUGGCCCCCCGUACGCCAAUGGGCCGCUGCACAUCGGACACGCAAUCAACAAGAUCCUCAAGGACAUGAUCCUUCGGCAUCAGAUCCAGAACGGGAAGCGCGUGGCGUACAGGCCUAGCUGGGAUUGCCAUGGCCUCCCCAUUGAGAUGAAGGCUGUGGGGGCAAUCCCCGCCAAAGGGUUGAGCCCGGUCAAGAUCCGCGAGUCGGCGAGGCGGCUGGCGAGCAAGACAAUCACGGAACAGAUGAAAGGCUUUCGCUCCUUUGGCAUCAUGGGAGAGUGGGACAACAAAUGGACUACCAUGGACCGCGAGUUCGAGAUGAGGCAGUUGCGAGUGUUUCAGAAGAUGGUUCGCCACGGACUCAUCUACCGCAAGCAUAAGCCUGUCUACUGGUCGCCCUCGUCGCGAACGGCUCUGGCCGAGGCCGAGCUGGAGUACCGCGAUGACCAUCUCUCCCACACAGCGUACGUUAGAUUUCCCAUAGUCUCCGACUGCGGCUUGCUUCCGGGACUUGCCGACUUCAACGAGCGCCUGUACGCCGCUGUAUGGACCACGACUCCCUGGACCCUUCCAGCGAACCAGGCGAUUGCGGUUCAUCACGACUUGCUGUACUCCAUCUUGCGUGUGGACGACUACGGCCUACUAGUCGCGUCAAGUCGAAUCGAGGCCCUGAGAGAUCAUCUUCCCCCGUUCGAAGUUGCCGUCGAAGCCAUCCCAGGAGCAGACCUCGCCGGACUCGAGUAUCGCAACAAAUUGCGUGGCAGAGACGCCGCCGCACAGCCUAUCGUACAUGCGGGUUUCGUGUCCGCCGACUCGGGAACUGGCCUGGUACACAUGGCUCCCGGCCACGGCCAGGAGGAUUACGAAGUCUGUUCCAGUCUGGGCAUCGAAGCUUUUGCCCCCCCCGAGCUCCUGACGUCUGCUCCAUCCAUCUUACAGGGAGGCAGCCAGGCGGUUCUGGACCUGGUCGGGGAUGAUGUGCUGGGAACACACAAUCUCCGUCACAAGUAUCCCUACGACUGGCGUACCAAACAACCGGUAGUUGUCAGGGCCACGGCGCAGUGGUUCGCCGACGUUGGCAGCAUCAAGCAGGCCGCUCUCAAGGCCUUGAGCCACGUCCGCUUUGUUCCGGAAUCAGGCAGAGUCCGCCUGGAGAGCUUUGUCAAGGGCAGGAGCGAGUGGUGUGUAUCUCGUCAACGGCCAUGGGGCGUCCCGAUUCCGGCUUUGUACGACGCUGAUGGGAAAGCGGUGAUGACGGAGGAAUCCAUUGAGCACAUCAUCUCAGUCAUGCGAGAGCGCACAUCUGAGGCAUGCGGAAGCAGCUGGACGGAAAUCAACCGCCAGGUCGACGUGUAUCUCGAGGGAUCGGACCAGCACCGGGGCUGGUUCCAGUCCAGUCUGCUGACAUAUGUGGCCGACCAAAAGGCAGACGGCAAAGCCGAUGCCGAGAUCACCGCGCCUUUUAAGACGCUUAUCACGCACGGCUUCACGCUAGACGCCCAGGGCAAGAAGAUGUCCAAGUCCCUGGGCAAUACGCCGAUCCACAACGCGCUCAUCAAGUAUCGAACGAUGCUUAAGAUGAUUGUUGGCUCACUCCAUGAAUCGAGCCGCCAGGCCGCGCUGACCAAGCUCGAUCAGAUGGCCAUUCUGCAGCUGAGCGACACUAUGAAGCAGGUCCGAGAGGCAGUCAACAACUACGAGUUUCACCGGGCUGUGAGCCUGAUUAACAAGUGGGUCGCGACGGACCUAUCUGCCUUUUACCUGGAGGCUCUGAAGGAUCGGCUUUAUUGCGACGAUGGUGGCGGAGUCCUCGAGCCCAUCUUUGUCGGAUUCCUGCGGAUGCUGGCGCCCAUCACGCCGGUACUGGUUGAGGAGGCAUGGUCUCAUCGACCGUCGUGGAUGGCUGAUGAUGACUCGCUGCAGAACCCCGCAAGACAGCUAUACGACAGUCCAGUGAUGGAUCCAAGCCGCUUGACAGUGGCGCGAAGCAAGCUGCGGGGCGACCUUCCGGCUUUGACCGCCGUGCAUGAAGCCGUCAAGGCAGGGCUAGAGGAAGCAAGGGAGGCGAAGGUUCUCGGGAGCUCGCUACAGUGCUCAGUGGCCGUGACUACCGAGGACAGCGAGCUUGCGGCCAUACUCGGGUACUACCUGGACGAGUUGGAUGCCAUGUAUGUGGUCUCGCAUGUGGAGCUCAAUGAGCCCGGUCCCGAAAGGCCCAGCUGGUGCUACACGAGGCAGUUUGCGUGGCAGGGCGCAGCCAGGGGAACGGUGCGUGUGCUUCCUCCCAAGCAGCAAAAGUGCUCGAGAUGCUGGCGCUACGCGGCGGAGGAAGAAGAAGGGCUGUGCGACAGGUGUCAGGGAGUGGUUGGCGCGGCGGCUGUAAGAUGA